GUCGCCGCCGCACGCAGCGCCCCUCCCCCUCGCCCCGUGCAGGCCGCAGCCGGGGCCUCUAGUGAAUCGCGCGGCCGUUCUAGGUCCCCCGGGAGCCGUGUUAGCCAGAGGCCCUGCCCACGUCGGGGGGAAGAUGGCGGCUUCGCCCCAGCCCAGCCCGUGGGAGCCGCUCGUGGCCGUGCUAGUGCUGGGGCCGCUGCUCCGGCUCCUCCUCCUCUCCCAGACCGCCCUGCUCCUGCUGCCCGCCGCCACCGCCGUGGCCCGGCCGGGCCUCUGCCCCGCGCCCUGCUCCUGUCCUCUCCCGUUGCUCGACUGCAGCUGGAGGAAGCUGCUGCCCGCGCCGGGCUGGAGGGCGCUCUUGGGCCCACUGCCCCCCGGCACCACCAGCCUGGAUUUGAGUCAUAAUCGGCUAUCUAACUGGAACAUCAGCUUGGACUCAAAGGUGUUACAGGAAGUGAAAAUGAAUUAUAAUGAGUUAACAGAAAUUCCAUAUUUUGGAGAACCAACUUCUAACAUCACUCUCCUUUCAUUAGUACACAAUGUAAUUCCAGAAGUGAGUUCAGAACAGCUCCAGUUUUACCUUUCCCUGGAGACGCUGGAUCUCAGCUCAAACAUUAUCUCAGAAAUCAAGGCAUCCUCAUUUCCUAGAAUGCAACUGAAAUAUCUGAAUCUGAGUAAUAACAGGAUAGCCACCUUGGAAGCUGGCUGCUUUGAUAAUUUGUCCAGUUCUUUAGUAGUGGUCAAGUUAAAUAGAAACAGAAUUAGCAUGAUCCCACCUAAGAUCUUUAAGCUGCCUCAUCUUCAGUUUUUAGAACUUAAAAGAAACAGGAUUAAAACUGUGGAAAGUCUUACAUUCCAAGGACUUGAUUCCUUAAAAUCUUUGAAAAUGCAACGGAAUGGAAUUAGCAGACUUAUGGAUGGAGCUUUCUUUGGCUUGGUUAACAUGGAAGAAUUAGAACUGGAGCACAAUAACCUAAUAGAAGUGAACAAGGGCUGGCUCUAUGGCUUGAGGACAUUACAACAGCUCUAUGUCAGCCAGAAUGCUAUUGACAGAAUCAGCCCUGAUGCCUGGGAGUUCUGCCAGCAGCUGUCUGAACUUGACUUGUCCUAUAAUCAAUUAACUCGCCUGGAUGAAUCUGCUUUUGUGGGUCUCAGCUUACUGGAGAAGUUGAAUUUAGGGGACAACAGGGUCACUCACCUUGCUGAUGGGGUUUUUAAAGACCUUUCAAAUCUUCAGACACUAGAUUUACGGAACAAUGAGAUCUCCUGGGCCAUAGAAGACUCAAGUGAAGCAUUUGUAGGACUCAGCAAACUCACUAAAUUAAUCUUACAAGGAAACCAUAUUAAGUCGGUUACAAAGAAGGCAUUCAUCGGUCUUGAAGCCCUUGAGCAUCUAGACUUAAACAAUAAUGCUAUAAUGUCUAUCCAAGAAAAUGCUUUUGCUCAGACACAUCUAAAAGAACUGAUGUUGAACACCAGCAGUUUGCUCUGUGAUUGCCAGCUGAAGUGGCUGCUUCAGUGGCUAGUGGACAGUCACUUAGAACAGGCUGUGAAUGUGAGUUGUGCUCAUCCUGAAUGGCUAGCUGGGCAGAGCAUCCUCAAUGUGGAUCCCAAAGACUUUGUCUGCGAUGAUUUUCCUAAGCCCCAGAUAAGGACACACCCAGAGACCACGAUUGCUUUAAAAGGAGUCAAUGUGACCCUUACAUGCACUGCAGUGAGCAGCAGUGACUCUCCAAUGUCAACUGCCUGGAGAAAGGACAGUGAAAUCCUGUAUGAUGCAGACAUUGAGAAUUUUGCUCGCUAUCGGCAGCAAGGUGCAGAAGCUUUGGAGUACACAACUGUGCUACAUCUUUUCAAUGUGAAUUUCACAGAUGAAGGAAAAUAUCAGUGCAUUGUUACAAAUCACUUUGGUUCUAAUUAUUCUCAUAAAGCCCGAUUAACUGUGAAUGAGCUUCCAUCAUUUCUGAAGACCCCAAUGGACCUCACGAUCCGUACUGGAGCCAUGGCCAGGCUGGAGUGUGCUGCGGAAGGCCACCCUGCACCUCAGAUUUCCUGGCAGAAAGAUGGUGGCACAGACUUCCCUGCAGCACGAGAAAGGCGCAUGCACGUCAUGCCUGAGGAUGAUGUCUUCUUCAUUGCCAAUGUGAAGAUAGAAGACAUGGGAAUAUAUAGCUGCAUGGCACAAAAUGUUGCAGGUGGUCUCUCAGCGAAUGCCACGUUAACUGUGUUAGAAACACCUUCUUUUAUUAGACCUCUGGAGGACAGAACUGUCACUCGAGGUGAGACAGCUGUCUUGCAGUGCAUCGCUGGAGGAAGUCCAGCCCCUCGCCUCAACUGGACAAAAGAUGAUGGUCCUCUGAUGGUGACCGAGAGACACUUCUUUGCAGCAGCCAAUCAGCUUCUCAUCAUUGUAGAUGCUGGACUAGAAGAUGCCGGAAAAUAUACCUGUAUCAUGUCCAACACCUUGGGGACAGAACGGGGCCACAUUUACUUAAAUGUAAUCUCUUCCUCCAAUUGUGACUCCUCCCAGAGUAGCAUUGGGCAUGAGGAUGACGGCUGGACUACAGUUGGCAUUGUUAUCAUUGUGGUGGUGUGCUGCGUUGUAGGUACCUCUCUGAUUUGGGUCAUUGUUAUCUAUCAUAUGAGAAGGAAAAAUGAAGACUACAGCAUCACCAAUACAGAAGAACUGAAUCUGCCUGCUGACAUCCCCAGCUACCUGUCUUCUCAGGGGACGCUGUCUGAACCCCAAGAAGGAUAUAGCAACUCUGAGGCCGGCAGUCACCAGCAGCUCAUGCCGCCUGCGAGUGGAUACAUGCACAAAGGCCCGGAAGGUGGCGGUGGCAGCCGGGUGAUCUGCUCGGAUUGUUAUGACAAUGCCAACAUCUACUCCAGGACUAGAGAAUAUUGUCCAUAUACCUAUAUCACUGAAGAGGAUGGUCUGGACCAAGCGCUGUCCAGCCUCAUUGUUCAGAUGCCCCAAGAGGCUUGUUUGGCACAUCCUUCCCCAGAAGCCUCAGGAGACAGAGAUGUGUCCAUCUUCCUCACCAACCACGACAGGAUAAAUGAGAAGGCACUUGCAUCCACACAGAUGAGCAGUGAAACAUCACAGCGACCAUUAUGGGGCAUAAACAAAGAACUAGGACUCCCACAAUCUCACUUUUCCCAGCAGCCAGUCCUUGAGUCACCAGGACUUCUCCAAAAUGAGAGCCUGACAGAAAGUGAUGAGGACCAUUCUGCUUCUCCCAGACCCUGUCACAGGCUACAAGACCACACCUUUGACUUCAGCAGGACUCAGAACAUACAAGAUGGCAGUGAAACUACAUGAAACAUGCUCCACGCAGACUGGCAUGUGGGCACACACUCCAGUCCCCAACUGUGUAUGUACUACCUCAGAGCUCAGAGGAAACCCCGAGGUUCACCUUUGCUUUCCUGUCAUGUUUACAAGGACAACUGAGUGGGCCGUGUGAGCUGGUCACUGCAGAGGAGGGAGGAAGAGUCCAACUUGCUCCUCUCUGAGGUCACAGCUGAUCAGGAGAGGGCCUAAGUACAUGACUGAUACAACAACCAUUUCUCCUGGGCCCAGCUGGACCUGUCCAGGUUUGCAGUUGGAAGAGGUCGGAAGAAUGUGAUUGCUGCUUACUCUCUGGAGAGAGCUUGGCUAAUUUACUUGGUCUUCUGAGAAGCCCUUCUAAAAGUGUACACUAAGUUUUUCUGUAACCAUAAGCCUCCCUUUGAGUUGGUGCUUUCUUUUUCCUGGCGACAAACAAAUCACAUCCUUGUUUUGCCAUAUUGGUACCAAGUUUAGGGCUUUGCAUUUUAAGUUUUUUGUCCCUGUCGGACUGGGACAGCAGUUGUAAAUACAUUUUCACUUAUAAAUAUUUUUUGUAUUCACUACAUGUAAAAUGUCAGCUUAAUGUAAAUAUUUUUUUAAUAUGCCAAAAUUAUGUAAUAUUCUGUGUUAUUUUGACAGCUGCUUAGUAGACCAGAAAUGGCUUUUGUAAAACUUGGAAAGUUUAAAGAAUUUGCAUUGAAAACUUCUUACUGAUUGAGAAGUCUGUGUGUGUAAAUAGGGUACCUUGUGAUACUUCACACAUAGAUUGCCAUCCUGGUGUGACCAACACUUUCUGUAUUCUUUUCAUUGGCAGAGAUUCACACUUUUUUGUUUUCUUCUGUGAACUGAUUACUUGUCCUCUUAUUCCCUUUAUUUUGUAAACCUCAGGUGGUACUGUGCUUUUGAUCCAAAGGGACUUGUUUUGUUCUACUAGCCAUAUUUACAUGUGGAGCUGAGGGAACAACCUAUUUCACCAAAGACAUUCCUUUCAAAAUAGAGAAUGAUUUUUUAAAAAAACAAAAAUGUGCUACAUGUAGAUAAAGCUUUAUCUUAUGUGUAGAGUGAUAAGUCCAAGGAAGCUGUCAAUGGAGAAACUAUUGCUCUGUGAGGUCUUUGGCUCAUUGUUUGUGUAAAUGAUAUUUAAGGCAGAUGAACUUUCCCCACCAAAUGAUGAUUCUGGUUACUAAACAUUUUGUUUGUAAGGUAGUGACUUUAAGUGGACAAAGAAAAAUAAUGUUACAUAUUUCUUUUUUCUCUUAAAGUUUUCCUUACAGCUUCUAAGUCUAUUCUUAUGGUCAAAUUCAGUACCCAAACCCAAUUAUGAUUUGAGCCAUUUAAAAGGAGGUCAGUCACUAAUUAUCUUACUAAAACUUUCUUAUUUAAUGUACUUCUCAAGAAGAUCUAGAUUGCCCCAGAGACUUCCAAGCUGUCCACCAGUGAUUUCAGUUAAGUUUCAUUGAUUCAUUUUUAAUUCCUGUUUCCCUUAUCCCACCAGCACUUUCUUGAUGAGAUAACACUGCCUUUCCCUUGUUACUUCCUUUCUUCGCUAACACAGACCAACAAGUGGACCCUUUUACUUAGGAUCACCUUUCAAAAACAUCUCUUCAUUUAAAAAAAUUUUGAAAGACAGACCUACUCUUUAUCCCUCCCUUUCUUGCCCCUCUCGUUACAAUAUGAGCCACUUCGAAAGGCUCCCUUCCUGGUCCAAGAAAGACCAACUCUUCAUGAAAGAAAGCUUCUUUCAUAGAACACCUUAGGUUAGAAUGAAGGAAGAGGCUUGCUUUAUGGCGCUCCUUAGACCAACAUAUCUGACUCCCUUCCUCCGUGGCAGGAAUGAUGGCAUGGUAACGAGCCAGAAAGAGUGGGGAAAGAACUCUGUCCCUUGUUAGCCAAAGUGAUGGCACACGGCUUAUCCAUUCCUUACCUAUAUUUCCCCAUUCAGUGAUUCGUUGCUAUCCUUAGCACCUCCUAACUGGUCAGCCUAAAACGUUUGCACUCUGUUUCUGGGAUCCUUAGAUCUCUUCAGCAACUUUUUUUAAAGCGAAGAUUAUUUUUUUAUUUUUUCCAAUUACAUGUAAAAACCAUUUUUAACAUUAGUUUUUUAAAAUUUGAGCUCAACAUUCUCUCUCCUCUCCUUGAAAAGGCAAGCAGUUUGAUACAGAAUCAUCCAAAGCCUAUUUCCAGAUUAGCCGCGUUGGGAAAGAAAACACAAGAAAGAGAAAAAGAGAGUUUAAAAAAAAAUACACUUAGGUCUGUGUUCAGACUUCGUCAGUUCUUUCUCCGGAAGUGGAUAGCAUUUCUCAUUCUCUUGGAGUACUGUAACGCUGAGAAUAGCCAAGUCAUUCACAGUUGAUCAUGGUACAGCAUUGCUGUUGCUAUGUACAGUGCUUUUCUGGUUCUGCUCUUUUCACUUUGCAUCAGUUCGUGUAAGUCUUCCCAGGUUUUUCUUCUUCAGUACCUUUUGGUGGAUCUGGAGAAGGGGCAAAGCUAGCUAAAUUCUAAAAAGAAGUGAAUUUGAACAACCGAAUGACUCAAUGCUUGCCCCAGGAACGGGCAUUACUGAGGCUUCUUUGUACAUACAUUUUUGACCCAGCGACAGUACUAAUGUUCCGGUAGCAAUUUAACCACACAGUUCAAACAAAUUUAGUGGCCCUACAGUGUUUGUUCUAAAUAGUGUAAUGUCUACCUAAUGCUAAUAUAACAGACAUCCUUGCUUAGCUCCCAGGCAAACUGAAAUGCUCAGGGUUGUAUUUUUCUGAUCUCUGCAUUUCAGCAGGGAUAGGCAAGUAUUCCUAAUUCAUCCAUUUGUGUCUCUUGACCGAUUGAUUACCUAAUUUCACCUGAAAAAAUAAGCAUUAUUUUUCUUAGUUACCCAAGGCUUACUGUACCAUAGACUUUUAGGCCGAGCUGAGCUUUUUUACCUUCCUGUUACAAAUCACCUUUCUGGAGUGCUAUCCUCAGUGUAUUUAUUUCAUUUAUAUCAUUUCAGAAUAGGUAAUUAACCUGUACAAGAUCAAUUACUUCCAUAUGUCACUUGGAAGAUGAAAAGGAACCUCAGGAUGUUGGCAGUUCAGACUCUAUUCCAAUCUACCAAAAAGUGUUGGGGGAGGGGAAUUAGUUACAGUAUCAGAAGCAGUAAGUGACAGGUUUAGUGCAGGAAGAGACUUCAUGUCAGUCUACCCACUUACAGAUGAAGAAAAUGAGUCCCAAAGAGAUUGUGAAUUGCCCAAGGUCACAUAGGUAACUAAGCAGAAAUUUGAACCCAGAUCCUAUGGAUGCAAAUUCAGCAGAAACCAAUUCACUGUAAGGAAAAAGGGUUUUUUUUGUCAUUUGUUUUAAAGAUGGAGUGGCCUUCCUCACAAAGUAGUGAGAAAUUGUUCAAGUAAAGGCUCAGUGACACGCUAUUAGUGAAAUUAUAGAAGACAUUCCUACAUUAGGAAGGAGCUUUGACAUAGGUGACCUUCGAGGUCCUUUCCAGUUAUGAUUUCUGUGAAAUUCCCACAUUUCCAGGGGAUUUUGAAAAUCCCACCAUUUUCUUGUUUUCCCACAUGGAUUUUGCCCGAUAUAAAACCAUGGCUUGGAUCCUUUAUUUUUUUCCUGUUAAGUAUCUUAGUCUUUAUCCACAAAAUGUGAGUAAGCGGAAAGAUUUGGCAUUAAGGGCACAAGGUUCAGAUUUUGAGCCCUGCUGUUUCCUGUCGUUGUAACCUAGGACGAGUCAUUUAAUUUCUCUUGUUUUUUCAUCUAUAGAAUAGCAAGCCUGACUAGGUAAGCUCUAAGGUCUAAAUCCUAUGAGUCUCCAGAAAAUGUGACAUUGGUGGGGAAAGUAGAAUUAAGAGCCUAGCACAACUUUAAAGCACAUACGGAUCAUGUGUUAUAUGGGUCCCAUGCUGCUCCUUGAGCUAAAAGGAACCUUAGAGGUCACCUAAUCCAACCACCUGCUGGGGAAAUGAAAACCCUC